AUGCUGAUACUCAGGGCAGAGCGAAACAGUACCACAGUGACUAAACAUUUAGUUACAGAUCGCGGUUUUGGUGCCUACAGGAAACUAGUAAUGAAAAACCUUGUUGUCUUACUUUGCGCCAUUGGCUGCGCAUGUGCCACAGUUCCGGACAAUGUUGCCAAUGUCGUUCGUAGUAAUUUUGAUCACGAUUCUAAUGGUGGUUACCAGUACGGUUAUGAGACAGACAAUGGUAUUACAGCGCAAGCCGAUGGAAGAAUAACAGUUUUGAACAAGGAUGAGACUGCUCAUCAAGUGCAGGGAUCAGUCUCAUACGUGUCACCAGAGGGUCAAAAAAUUGAGAUUACCUACGUAGCUGACGAAAACGGAUACCAGCCUAAGGGUGAUCAUCUUCCAAAGCCGAUGCCCAUCCCCGACUACAUUGCUCGUGCUUUGGAAUAUAUUGCUGCCCAUCCUUACCAAGUGAGGACAAAAGAAUACGAGGCAAAGAAACUCGACAAGAACUAA